AAGGUACUUGCUGCUCACACAGGUAUCAAGGCCAAGGUAUUCGAUUGUUGCAUAAGCAGCUGCGUGGCCUUUACGGGUGAUCUGAAGGACCUGGAAGUCUGCCCAUGUGGGGAGGCGAGGAAGUACCAGCACACCGAGACGAAGGUCUCCGCUCCCGUGCCCCCUGGGACUUUCGCCAUGGCGGAUGGCAGGCAAGAUAUCCCCAGGCAACAGCGGUCUUCAGCCGAACUGAAGCCUCGCUCGACGUUUGUCUACAUCCCGGUGAUCCCAAGGCUUGCGAUGCAAUGGGCCAGUCGAGAACGGGCUCAAACCAUGAAGACCUAUGUCAGCACCAUCCUCCGUACCCGCUUUCCUGGAGUGAGGGACUUCUGGGACGGUCACAUCUACAAUAAACUCAGGAGGACAGGGCGGUGCUUCCAGGAUGUGCGAGAUAUGGCUUUCCUACUCUGUACAGACGGAGUACAGCUUGUCAAGAUCAAGACUCAUGGUGUCUGGCCAAUCCUACUCAUCAACCUCAAUUUGCCCCCGGAUCAACGUUACAAACAAGAGAACAUGAUCCUGGUGGGUAUCAUUCCUGGCCCUAACGAGCCCACCGAGAUCGACACCUUUCUCCUCCCACUC